AGGCUCUCUCCGUUGUCACCACCGUUGCAUAUUCUUCUCCUCUUCCACACUCAUUGCUUGAUACAUAUCCCGUCUUCACCACGCCCGCGAAACGAGCCACGUAGCAGCGUCAUUCCCUCUCUCACCGACUGCGUAGCGACGAUACCUCCACCGCCGGCUUACUGUCUUGCCUCGCCAUGGUCGUCCCGGACCCUUCGGCCACGUCCAAACUCGCCGCCUACCUGGCGCGCAUGAGCCCGGUGCCGGCCUUUCCUGAGUACACGGGCCCCUAUAAGGUCGGAACGGUCGAUGUUGAGAUUCCCGUGUCUGAUCUCAACGCCGCGAGCGACGCCCCGGAGGGCGCUGCCGACAUCCCGACGGUGCAGUUCCGCGUCUUCUACCCAGCCGUGCCCGAAUCGGACGAGAAACGCAUCAGCUGGCUCCCGAACCCCCAGCGCCACCAUGUCUCGGCAUAUACCAAGUUCGUCGGUAUUGGCUCGACCCUGGCUGACUUGUUGUCCUUUCUGCCUCGGCACCUGCAUUACACCACGAUCCCCGUCCACAAAAACGCCAAAAUCAACAAGUCUGAAACGACAAAUGGCCGAUGGCCGACCAUGAUCUUCUCACACGGGCUCGGUGGCGGCCGCAAUUCGUACUCUUAUAUCGCGGGCUCACUUGCCUCUCACGGCGUCGUCGUCGUCUGCCCCGAGCACCGUGACGGCAGCGCCGUCAUCAGCUUCAUACGACAGCCCGGCGAGUCCGGUCGCUACUUUUCAUCCGGUUCCCGGCGCGUUGUUCCAUACAACCGCAUUUCGCACGACGUUUCGCCCGAAGUCCACGAGGCUCGAGAAGCCCAACUCCGCAUCCGCCUGUGGGAAUUGGGCCUGAUCCACGACGCUCUGCUGGCCAUGGACAGCGACCGCGCCUUCACAAACCUGAACACGUCGACACCGAGCCUCAAGCAGUUUGUUGGCCAGUUGGACGUGCAGGAGCCCGGGCGCAUAAUCUUUGGCGGACAUAGCUUCGGCGCAACUACCACGGUCCAGUUCCUCAAGAGCACCUACUACGCCGACGUGCCAGAGGUGGCGGCAAUGGAACGGCCCCUGUUUGUCCCAAAGGCGAAUAGUAGCAUCCGGAAACAAAUCACCGAGAAGACGGUCACGAUGCUCCUCGACAUGUGGUGCUUCUCCCUGAUAGCGCCCAAUUCCGCGCCGCUCUUCAACCUGCCGCUGCCCGUCUACGCCGACACCGCCUCGGCGCCGGGCGGCACCGCGCUGCUGGCCGUCGAAUCCGACGCAUUUUACAAGUGGAAAGAACACCUCCAUGUCAAGGCGCGGCUGCUGUCACCCGAUCCCUCCGCCAAAGUGGUGACACCUCAGAUGUAUGAGCGCCCGAGCGGCAUCAAGCUCCCGGAGCCCAACUUUUUCUACGUCGUCAACUCGGCGCAUUUGAGCCAGUCGGACUUUGGCAUCCUCUUCCCCUGGCUUACCAAGAAGAUUUUCGACGCCGAGCAGCCAGAGCGCGCCUUGCGCCUCAACCUCCGCGCUCAGCUGCAGCUCCUCCGCGCCAACGGUAUUCCUGUCGCGCGGACCUAUGCCGGUGACCUCGUCGACGGCGCGCAUGUCGACAAGCUUGACACGCCGAAAAAGGAUGGAGGAGUUCCUGCUUCCAACGACGGUGUCGAGGACGACAAGGCCAUCUUCGACCGAAGCGGCAACGACGUCGUCGGGCACUGGAAGUGGAUCGACAUGAUCGGCCUGGGUGACGCAGACGAGGCGGAGACGGGCAAGUCGGCAAGCCAGCAGGUGGAAGAGGGCGAGGCGGAGAUGAAGGCUGAGCUGGAGCCCAGCGAGCAGAGUCCCGCGCCUGUUGCACCCACGCUGAGCGCUGGCGCCACCUGACGAGGCAUGGUUGUUGAUGUACGCGGCGACCCUGCUUGAUGAUACCCGACAUGUCUGGUGGAUUUCUGUUUCAGAUUUUGAGCGACUGUUGGUAUAUGCGAUGGCAAACACAUGGCAUUGCCGAGGAGUAAAUGGUUGCAUAGCGGGAUUGGCUACUCGUUGAAUUGAACUAGAUUUGUGUUCAUCGCUUGUGCGUUUCCAGUCGAGGUCUGAUGCCGUCAUCCAAGCACAGUUGCCAUUUCAUUUUACAUUCUGAGAUGCCGAGUUUCGUCGUUUAUGACGUUGCUAGGGCGUACGAAGUAGUUGCGGUUCUGACGUCAGAUUAUCGGCGCCGAACCGGUCAAGCACGAUUGCAGAUCCCAACAUGGUGUUCAUUCAUGCCAUCACUAACUACUAG